AGAAGGUUGGUAGCACUGUGAGGUGUUGAUAGCUGUCAGUGUUGAAUAUGCAAAAAUAUGAGAAAUUAGAGAAAAUUGGCGAAGGUACUUACGGAACUGUAUUUAAAGCAAAAAAUCGCGAAACGCAUGAAAUUGUCGCUUUAAAGAGAGUGCGUUUAGACGAUGAUGAUGAGGGUGUACCGUCAUCGGCGUUACGUGAGAUAUGCCUCUUAAAAGAACUAAAACACAAGAAUAUUGUACGGUUGUAUGAUGUGCUCCACAGCGAUAAAAAACUAACGUUGGUGUUUGAACAUUGUGAUCAAGAUUUAAAGAAAUAUUUUGAUAGCUUAAAUGGGGAAAUAGAUCCAGAUGUAGUGAAAUCUUUCAUGUAUCAACUGCUGCGAGGCCUCGCCUUUUGUCACAGCCAUAACGUUCUCCACAGAGAUCUCAAGCCACAAAAUUUACUUAUUAACAAGAAUGGUGAAUUAAAGUUGGCAGAUUUUGGUCUUGCUCGAGCUUUUGGUAUCCCUGUCAAAUGCUACUCAGCAGAGGUUGUGACAUUGUGGUAUAGACCUCCUGAUGUCCUGUUUGGUGCCAAACUUUACACUACAUCUAUUGACAUGUGGUCUGCAGGCUGCAUCUUUGCUGAGUUGGCGAAUGCAGGGAGACCACUCUUUCCUGGUUCAGAUGUCGAAGAUCAGUUGAAACGAAUCUUUAAGUUGUUAGGUACUCCAACUGAAGAGACAUGGAGUGGUCUGACACAACUACCAGAUUAUAAACCAUUUCCAAUUUAUCAUCCAAGCAUGGCAUUUAGUCAAGUAGUGCCGAAGCUAAACGCCAAAGGUCGGGACCUUUUACAGCGUCUUCUGGUGUGCAAUCCAGCACUGCGGAUGGCAGCUGAUGAUGCAAUGGCGCAUCUUUACUUCAGUGAUCUCAGUCCUGCCAUUAAAAAUGACCGCUGCCAGUGACUGGUGCCAUGUCCUGUGAGUGAUGUUUCUUCAAACCCCACUGUGUACUCACU